GGCAGGGUCUGGAGUCGAUGGCCGAGCCAGGAGAGUGGCUUUCUGGUAUAUGCGGCCUGCAGCUGGGCCACCGUGUACAGGGCUGGGAUGCUGGACUUCGCCAUAUUCGCCAUCACUUUCCUCCUGAUCCUAGUGGGGGCCGUGCUGUACCUGUACCCGUCUUCCAGACAAGCAUGUGGGAUCCCUGGCCUAGCACCUACAGAGGAGAAAGAUGGGAAUCUCCAGGACAUUGUUAGCAAAGGCAGUCUCCAUGAGUUUUUAUUCAGCCUACAUGAGAAGUUUGGACCUGUUGCUUCCUUCUGGUUCGGCCGUCGACUUGUGGUCAGCCUGGGCUCUCUGGAUUUAUUAAGACAGCACAUCAACCCCAACAAAACUUCUGAUCCUUUUCAAAUGAUGCUAAAAUCCUUACUGGGAUAUCAGUCUGGAGUCAUUGGAGAAGCUGCAGAGAAUCAUAUGCAGAAGAAACUGUACGAGAACGGCAUUAACAAGGCUCUGCAAAGCAACUUCAGCACUAUAGUAAAGCUGUCAGAGGAGUUGCUGGCGAAAUGGAGCUCUUACCCGCAGUCCCAGCAUGUGCCCUUGUGCCAACACAUGCUAGGGUUUGCAAUGAAGUCCAUCACCCAGAUAGCAAUGGGAGGUAGCUUUGAGGAUGACCAGGAAGUACUCCGUUUCCGCAGGAAUCACGACACGAUAUGGUCAGAGAUUGGAAAGGGUUUCCUGGAUGGGUCAAUUGAGAGAAGUCCAAAUCGCAAAAAGCUUUAUGAAGAUGCUCUGCUGGAGAUGGAAACUGUAGUUAAGAAAGCCAUCAAGGAGCGCAGAGGAAAGAACCUUGGGCGCCAUGUCUUUAUAGACUCCUUGCUGCAAGGGAAACUCAGUGACAAGCAGGUUCUUGAAGAUAGUAUGAUCUUCUCUUUGGCAGGAUGCGUGAUCACGGCAAACUUGUGUACAUGGGCAAUAUACUUUUUGACAACAUCCGAGCCGGUCCAAGAAAAGCUUUACAAGGAGGUGACCAGAGUACUUGGGAAGGGACCCAUCACUUUGGAGAAAAUCGAGCAGCUGAGCUACUGUCGCCAGGUGCUGUGUGAGACCGUGCGCACAGCUAGUCUCACUCCUAUCUCUGCUCGACUACAGGAGUUAGAAGGAAGGGUAGACCAACAUCUUAUUCCCAAAGAGACGCUUGUUCUGUAUGCCCUUGGUGUCGUGCUACAGGACAGCACAGCUUGGCCGUCAGCUUACAGGUUUGAUCCAGACCGCUUUGAAGAUGAAUCAGCCAAGCAGAACUUGACUUUGCUGGGUUUUUCGGGCAGCCUAGAGUGCCCUGAAUUGAGGUUUGCCUACAUGGUGGCGACUGUGCUUCUCUGCGUGCUAGUCAGGAAACUUAAUUUGCUUCCAGUAAAAGGGCAGGUUGUAGAAACAAAGUACGAGCUUGUCACAUCCCCAAAAGAAGAAGCUUGGCUCACAGUGUCUAGGAGAAGUCCUACCAACUAAUUACUGGACCUUUCUCUUCCCUGCACAAGUCAAAAGCACACACUGCCUCCAGAGAAAAGGGGGAAC